GUUUCGUUUCGUAUCACGUCAAUGCCGUCGCCCGUCACGGCCGUCAGUGUCAGUCGGUCGGUCAACUUUACAAGUUUGCUUGUUUUUGAGUUCGUCUUGUGCACACUUCGCAAUCGAAUGUUUUCUUCGCGGCGGUCAAAUAUUUACUGUUAUUUGUCUCUAAGUUCGCUCAUCUAAACAUGUGCAUUAUACGGCUUUCUAAAUUAUACAACGCUUUUUGUGUACAUCCAAAACAGGACCACGAGUGAUGUGUAACAAAGUGAACAGAUGAUUUCAACCCAUAUGCUUCGACUUCACGACACGUUCUCUUUAGUUUUAUCGAGAGCAAAUAAAUAUACGGUCGGCCGCACCAAAUACCGCGAUUUUAAAUGAGAAGCAAAAGCGAGCCGAACGUCCUUCAGAUGAGUAAAAAUGUCAACAGAAGGAAGCGGAGAGACUCCUGCAGCCGUGCCGAGUUUGCCAGGCGCACCGGAACAAACUUAUCUCUUUCCGAAAUCGAAAGGUCACUCGAGAUCGGUAAGUCAUGGAGGGACGCCUAUGUUGGGGAAUACCGCUGGCGCGCGGCCGGCGCUCAAGUCGGCGAUGCGGGGCCACCAGCGCGCGCUGUCGCACGGCCAGAUCGGCGAGGGGCCUCGCGCGGCCUCCGGGCCCUGCCACAGCCGCACCGGUAGCCGCACGGACUUCAUUCUGCCCCCGGGCCACCGCGAGCCGCUCCCGGCCAGCGCUCAGCCUCGCUUGGCGUCGGUGCGCGGGCACUCGCGGCAGGCGUCGCGCUCGGACUCCAUCUACACGCUGCGGCGCGCCUCCGUGGUGACGCCGUGGCGCCGCGCCGUGUUCUGGCUGAUGCGGCGCCAGCAGCCCGCCGUCGACAACCGCCACCUCAUCGUCAUCCCCAACCACCUCAUCCCGGACAAAACCCCCCCGAAAGAUCACCCCAACGGACAGAGAUGCAACAACAAAGUCAGGACUACCAAGUAUACGCUGCUCUCAUUCCUACCCAAAAACCUAUUCGAACAGUUUCAUAGGAUUGCCAAUGUGUACUUUAUAUUCAUAGUGUUGUUAAACUGGGUGCCAGCAAUCAAUGCUUUUGGCAAGGAAAUAGCCAUGCUGCCUGUGUUGUUUGUGCUCGGAGUGACUGCCAUCAAAGACUUGUUUGAGGAUCGCCGCAGGCACUUGUCUGACAAGAGAAUUAAUAAUUCUUUCUGCAGAGUCUAUAAAAAAUCAGUAGAGAGGUACGUGCGAGUGAAAUGGAGGGACGUGCGAGUGGGAGAUCUAGUCCACCUGUCGAACAACGAGGCUGUGCCAGCAGAUAUGGUGCUGCUCCACUCUUCAAACCCUCUGGGUAUCUGUUAUCUAGACACUUGCAAUCUAGAUGGCGAAACAAAUUUAAAACAGAGAGUGGUAGCGCCUGGAUUUAGAGAAAAGCGAUUAGAAUUUUCACCGAUGAAGUUUAGAAGUUCCGUAGAAGUAGAAAGACCAUCAACAAAAAUAUAUAGGUUUACUGGCACGAUAUCCCACCCGAAUGGAGUUCGUGUUCCACUCAACUCAGAAAAUCUAUUACUAAGGGAGUGUACGAUAAAAAACACAGAUUACGUUGAAGGCAUCGUAGUAUACGCAGGUCACGAAACGAAGGCUAUGCUCAAUAACGGGGGGCCAAGGUAUAAAUGUUCUAAAUUAGAAAAAAAGAUGAACACAGACGUUAUAUGGUGUGUUCUCGUCCUUUUAUUUCUGUGCUGCGCUGGAGCAGUCGGCUGCAAAGUGUGGUUGGACGAAUACAGUCAACUUCCUUCAAAGUACACGCCGUUCAUUCCCUACACAGGCAAACCAGCGUACGAGGGCCUGCUCAUAUUUUGGACUUACAUAAUAGUGCUGCAAGUUAUGAUACCAGUAUCUCUAUAUGUUACCAUAGAAAUGACCAAACUAUUACAAGUGUACCAUAUACAUCAGGACGUUGAAAUGUAUGAUGUAGUUACGAAUACAAGGACAGAAUGUCGAGCUUUAAAUAUCACUGAGGAGCUGGGACAGAUUACUUACUUAUUUAGCGAUAAGACAGGGACAUUGACAGAAAACAAGAUGGUGUUCAGACGGUGUACAGUCAGCGGGGUAGACUACGACCAUCCGCCGGGUCCGGAGCCUGAGCCUUCAUCUAUCCUGCCUCCCAUCGUAACCCCUUUAACGAAAGUGUCCCCGAACAGAAGAAUGCUCCAACAUCUACUUGAUAGCAAUGACGCUCAACAUACACAAAAGGUCCGCGAGUUCCUGCUGAUCCUCGCCGUGUGCAACACGGUGGUGGUGAGCCAGCCGCACGUGGACGACACGCAGCUCUCCAGCUCCAACAGCGACAACUUCCGCAACCUGAAAACCUCGCGCUCCAACGGCACGCUCCGGACCAACGACAAGUACGCUAGAUUAACUGAAUCUCGGUCCACCACGCCGUCGCCGCCGCCUUCCACCACGUCGCCGCUCCGCCUGCGCCUGCCCAGACUACCCUUCGGCAGUCGCGACGACACCUCCUCGGAACCCAGCACGUCCGCUGAAGUACAGCUAGCACGCUUCGAGGCUGAAAGUCCGGACGAACUGGCGCUAGCAGAGGCCGCCUUGGCGUACGGCUACGAGCUCCGCGGCAGAUCUCCCGACGACGUGGAGCUCGGUAUACGCGGCGAGCUGUCGCGGAUGAAGGUGCUCCGCGUGCAGCAGUUCGACUCCAACAGGAAGUGCAUGUCCAUCGCGUUGAGGACUCCUACUGGACAGGUAGUUCUAUACGUCAAAGGCGCCGACAGCACAGUACUAGGCGCGUUGACCCCAAUGCGGGCAGGAUCAGCGGAAGCGGCCGCCUUCGAGAGGACCAAGUCUCUGUUGUCGGAAUACUCGCGCGCGGGUUUACGCACGCUGGUGAUGGCCAAGCGCACCAUGUCGCCCGCGCUGUGGGAAGAGUGGCUGGCGGGACAUACGCGUGCCUCUGAAAUUGGCGAAGGUAGAGAAAAACGUAUUCGCGAUUCGUUAGCGAGGUUAGAAAGCGCGUUAACUCUCGUUGGAGCGACGGGCGUCGAGGACCGUCUACAAGAGGCCGUGCCCAGAACCGUGCGGGCUUUGCUAGACGCCGGCAUCGUAGUGUGGGUUCUGACGGGGGACAAGCCUGAAACGGCGAUCAACAUUGCGUAUUCCGCUGCGUUGUUCUCUCAGAGCGACCGGCUGCUGCAUUUAAUGUCUCGCGACAAAGAACAUGCAGAGUCGACGAUAAAAAGCUACUUAGAAAACGGCGUAGUCGAAGCCGGUGUAGGUCGAGCCUUGGUUGUGGACGGAAGAACCCUAACUUAUAUCCUGGACCGACGCUCUGGACUGGUGGCGCCCUUCCUGUCGCUGGCCAAACGAUGUUCCGCUGUGUUGUGUUGCAGAGCCACGCCAUUACAGAAGGCCUACAUUGUCAAGGCAGUGAAGGAAGAACUAGGAGUAACUACGCUGGCGAUUGGAGACGGUGCCAAUGAUGUUUCGAUGAUUCAAACAGCUGACGUCGGAGUCGGUCUGUCGGGGCAGGAGGGCAGGCAAGCCGUGAUGGCCUCGGACUUCGCGCUGUCGCGGUUCAAGUUCAUCGAGCGCCUGCUGCUGGUGCACGGCCACUGGUGCUACGACCGCCUCGCGAGGAUGAUCCUCUACUUCUUCCUCAAGAAUGCCACAUUCGUGUUCAUAGUGUUCUGGUACCAGCUGUACUGCGGCUUCUCGUCCUCAGUCAUGAUCGACCAGAUGCACCUCAUGGCGUACAACCUCGCCUUCACCGCAUUCCCUCCUAUCGUCAUAGGAGCCUACGAUCGCGUGGCGCCGGCAGGGCUGCUAACCGAGAGGCCCGGGCUGUACAGCGCUUCGAGGCGUGGUCUCGCGUACCGAGCGCAUUCCUACUGGCUCGUACUGGCCGAAUCGCUGUACAUUAGUGUGGUGAUAUUCUUCACGUGCAAGUACGCCUACACGGAUACUGACGUGGACAUCUGGCUCUUCGGCCUCUGCAACAUGACGUGCUGUCUCGUCGUCAUGCUGGUCUACGUCGCCAUUGAGACGCGCAGUUGGACGGUGAUCCACCUGCUAGCGCUGACAGGGUCUUUGGGCGCGUUCUUCGUGCUGACGCUGCUGUACCAGACGAUAUGCGUGUCGUGCUUCCGCCUGCCCUCCACGCACUACGUCAUGCACCACGCGUUCGUGGAUCCCAUCUACUGGCUCGUGCUCAUCCUCACCACUGUCACCUCGUUGGCGCCCAGGUUGGCAUACCAUGCAGCACGUAACUCCGUGCGUCCGGGCGCGCUCGGCCGCGCGGUGCUGGCGCGGAGGCGUCGCGCGAGGCCCUACGCCGCGCACUACCACACGCCCUCUGCCUCUGCGCACGUCUACAGGCCGACGGACGAGGACGGGCUGCAGAAGCCGCAAGCAGAGGUCACGGCGAUCACGUGACGGCGCCCGUGACGUCACACACUCGCUUACAUUUAACCCUAGGCUGUGAUCUGUCGUAGAACUAAUGUAUAGUAACAUAGAGUAGGACACCGUGCUUCUACAACGCGGGACCAAUGCGUCAGUCGCCGGGGGUGCGCCGCCGUGCCUUCCAACUUCCAUGUCAUACUAGAAUUAUUGAUGCGUUUACAUACUUGAGGAAAAAUAUAGACAGAUUUCGCGAACAAAAUAUGUAUUCAUAAUGGCUGACAUGACGUAUACCGACGGAGUAGUGGGGUCUUUUUGAUAUCUACCUAAUCUUAGCCUUAUGACCUUUGACAUAUGGUUGAAAAUGAUAUACCGAAGAGAAAACAUGGAAAACCGCGUGCUGUCCUUGUGGUAAAGGAAAUGAAGCUUAAUUUGAAUUGUUAUUAAUUUAGAAAGAUGAAGAGCCUCGGAUCUGUAAUGUGACAAUGACACACACCCCUAGUACGAGAUUGAAAUUAGAAAAUGAAAAUUGAUAUCGAGCUGAAUGAAGAAUCAUUCAGCUACACGCAACACCAUAGAGAGAGCUCGGUAAUCACUCAGCUUACUAACUUUAUUAUAACUGACGCAAACUAUUCGAGAUGUGUUCAUACUAGAGGCAUAGUCUCUUCUCAGACGACAUUAUGGUGUCUCGCUUUACUGUCUAUAUUUAAUCCUUUGGUUUAAUUUAUUUAAUUCUAAUUCUACUCCAUCUACGUUUAUUACUGGCAUGCUAUUGGUAAAUAAACGCAGAGUGGAAAUGCAUUACUAAUAGGUACCUAGAUAAAUAGCCUGUUGUAUGCAAGGACUGAGUUUCACAGAGAUCUGCCGGUUUUGUUGACCUCAAAGUCUUAUUCAAUUCAGUAUUAUUGAAACGUCAACUCGAGUAUAUUGAUGCUAUUUGAAUAUUCGAGCAUUCAACUAUGUUUAAUAAGCCUUUGAAAUAGUUACUUACUUCAAUGGUUAGAAUGAAUAUGAGUUAUACUGCUUACAAAAAUUACAAUCAGAAAAGUAACCUUACACCCAUAAUUUUUGCAAAUAAAGAUAUUAGUGUUCAGGAAUCCAGCUUUCAUUUAUGGUUAUGUUUAAAAUCUUUAAACUCAUCGACCAGUUUACUAUAUUUGUGAUCAUAUAACCAUUAAUACUACAUUCGUUUUCAAAUAAAAGGCUGCGGUCGUGUACACUUAGCCCUAAUUAAGCCUUGAGGUAGUUUUUGAGUAUACAAAACUUCUCACUUAAGUUUUGACGCAAAAAAUUACUCGAGGCUCUGCACAGUGGUUUCAGAAACCGCUGCGUUCUUUCGUGUUCAUUUAUGUUUGUGUGAUAGAGAUUGUAACCUUGACUGUAGAGUGAGGUAUUUUUGUAUGAGCUCGUGUGAACUAGACAAUCUGGCUUCCUUCGUGUCAUAGCUUGUAGCGUACUUGCCUUGUCGGAGACUGAACGCGUUUAGGCAUCCUCAUCUCGCCUUAACUUAUAACUUCUGAAUGUAUGACGUAUCUACGGUUACCUAUUUAAUCUUUGAGGUAGUUUUUAAACUCAAUGUACUUUCUGGCGCCUUUCGAAUCACUGAUAAUAUUUUCAUUAGGUAAGUAGUUCUUUGUAAUAUCUUGUUGAUAAUCGAUUAACAUGAGGGCAUUAUUCGAUUUGAGAUAUUGUCGUUUAUAUUUUUCAGAAGUUAUUCGAUUUGGUUCAGAAUGUGAGAAAUACACUUGUUGCGAUGUGUUCAAAAAAUAUCACAUUCCAUUUCCUUCUAAGUUCUAACCCUUAUUUUUAUGCGGCAUGCCGUCUCGUUCUGUAGGAAAAUAUUAAGGAUAAAAUAAAAUACAUUGUUAUCAGCUUGUUUUAUUGGAGUUACAAGAAUACAAAUAGCGUACAAAAGCUCGAUUAACAAGUAUUACAAAGUGCCUUGCCUACAAGCGACCAGUGUAUUUCCCGCUCACGACUCUGCCUAUGUCUAGACUCUAGAUGAUUCCUAAAGAUUUGACUAUUUUUAAUACUGUUUCUAGUUGUACAUACAUUAAAAAUAUAUAUAUUUCUACAAUGGAUAAUUGUUAUAUGUACAGUAGGAUAUUUUUAUAUACCUAAAUAAAAUAUUUGUGUAAAUAUACUUUGUAUGUUCUAAGACUGUUGUUUAUUUUAGAGCUUUUAAUUUGUUGAGUUUAGUUAAAAAGUAAUUACUAAAUAGGGUAUCGAUGAAAUAUGUAUUUUCCAGUCAUAUUGAUACUUCGCUGUAGUGUCUGGGCAUCUUGCCAUAAUAAUAAUUAUAAUAUUGAACAUUAAGACCCGCUUGUUGGAAAGUAGAGUCGUUUGCUACAACAGUGCGCGUGGACUCUGGCACCUGCCGCUAAAUGAUCGCUACGUAUAGUUCGUUUCACGUGAAAAGAGCAGAGCUUGUACCUGCGCAGUGGGUGAUUCAUUGAUUUCGAGCAUCUAUACCCACGGCCGCAUUGGUUAAUUCCGUCACCUUUCACUUUCGCGGAUUGUAGGUAAGACCAGUACAAGCGCAUACACAAGCACUGACGUAUCGCCAUUCCUGCAGCCCAUUCGGUUCUUCUGAAACAAACUAUACGGCAGUCUGUACGAUUUCACGUUAGACCAUGCCACUUCGAUGCGCGAACCAUUCAUGGAUUGGAAUUUUACACGAAGAAAUGUAAUUUGGACAGGGCUCGGAAGACUCGAAUAUGGCACGGUCUAAUGUGGCUUUUGACCGCGCUCAAGCCCGCACGGUCUAACGGGAGUAAUCCCUAAAGCGCGUUCAUACUCGCCUAGUUCGUCGGUAAUAUAGCGCUUGGAUUAACUGAUAUCCGUAUGACUAGCCUGGCUAAUCGAAGUUUAUAGUCUAAGCGCGAUCUCCACAAAUUCCGCUUAGCGGCUAAUGUGUUAUCGUUUCUAAUGAAAGUUAAAGGUCCUUCUUCCAAAGUGGCUGUAAAUCAAAACUUGUAAUAAAACUGUUACAAUAUAUUUCAUAGUAAUUCAAAUCAUGUAAUUAAUUAUGAACUUUGAUAUUUUAACAGAUAUUUGACGAGUGUUCAAAAAUUGGCAUAUCUCACAAUAUCUGCAUCACAAAUAUUUGACAAUAUGUAUUUAAAAUUUAAAUAGUAAAUCUAUGUCUAGUUACAAUGAGGUAGUAAUUUGUCUUAAUGUCUGACCAUAAUAUACCCUAUACCUAAGCGAGAGCCAUUAGGACGCGAGGGGAUUUGGUUAUGCCGAUUUUUGACACUAUUAAUAAUGAUUUAUUUGUUUAUAGUCUAGCAACAAAUUAUAAUUUUUAGACGUCAAAUAACAUAGUGAUACUUUAAUACGCAUUAGCGCGAUUUAAUGUAAACUCGGACUAUAGAUUGAGAUAUAUAUUAUGUAGAAUAUAUUUUGUAGAACUUACUACGGCUAAACUUGGGCGGUAAAUAUAAGAGCUAUAUUCUAUUCGCGGAAAGAAGUUAGUAGAGCAAUAAUUUUCUCUGUCACGUAAUUCCAUACAAAUGAUACAGGCAAAAAUCUGUGGGCGCUUCGAGUCACCAACGUUCUAAUGUUUUUGGAAGUAUGUUUGUUUGUGAAGAAAUGUAAAUCUCAGUGUGCUAUAAUAACUAUAUUGAGUCACAUUGAAAACAUUCCAAAUUCAAUUCGUAAACAUAGCUUCGUUUGUGAUUGGUUGGUGACUAAAAAUGGUUAACGUCCACUGAGAUUUUUGUCUCUAUCAUUUGUAUGGGAUUACGUAACAGGUGCUAUACUAAGUUCUUGCCGCGGAUAGAGUAGUUUCGAACCCAUCCUUAAUCAUGCCGAAGACUGCGGGCGGCGUUCGGAACGAGUCAGGCAUACACCGACCACAGUUGGAUGUCUCGUGUAAAAUCAUAUCUUUUUAUAGUCUGAGGUAACAAGAAACCAAUGAUUUAAUUUGCCAUAAUCAAGUAAACUAUAGUAAAAACAAUGCAUUUUUUCGUUUUUUUUUUUUUUCAAACAUUUUAAACUAUAUUUUAGGCAUUUAAUUGUAAAAAAAGCUAUACUUUCAGUGUUCAGAAUAUUAUGUUAGUUACCGUUUUGUAUUAUAAAAAGCGUGUAAUCAAACAGUAUUUUAAAUUAAUUCGCCUAGUCCUAUCAACGAAUAGUUUCGCUAUUUUUAUCAACUCGUGGAACAAUACGUGCCACGAAGAAUGAGCGAUACGACUGCUUGUGCAAUGGUCCGAUAAAUUGAGUCGAAGAACCGUUGUUCAAGGAUUCGGAUCAGAAGCCUUGGUAUAAGAUUUUAAAUCUCACCGUUAAUAGAAUCAAGGCAGUUAAGGACCAUUUUACUUAAAAGCUAGUGUUUCGACUCUAAAAUAUGUACUAUCAACGUUGGUGAGAAGUAAAAUCUCAUACUGAGGGUACAGAUCAUGCAUAGUGGUUUGUCAGUCACUGGUUGCACCGUGAUAUUGAGCUUGAUUCGCCUUGCUUGACUAGAAUAACGACAGUGCAUUUUUAACUUUCAUGGAAAGCUGUAGUCGUUUGAAAUCGAUCUUCCUGCAUUUUAGACGUUUUUAAAACGUAUAAUGGCAAAUAUUAUUUAAUAUAAGUAUGAUUUAAACUUAUUGGCGAUCGAGAAGUUAGUCACAGAGACAUAUUUUCCAUUAGUCUUUCCUUACAGCUUACUUCUCAGUCGCUAAAAAGAUUGAAUCAAACUAUACUUGCCCUGUUUUCUUAGUUAUAUGCAUCCGACAUCCGUACCUCGUAUUAUUUUUCAUUGGUUUAAGAUCAAGUAUCUCCUAGAAAAGGAACUAGUCCCUAUGAAUCUGCUCGGGAUUCAAACUCGCUAUCCCCAACACUAGUUACAAAUACGAGUAGCUUUUAAAAUGACAGAUUCGGACUUGCAGACUUAAGAUGUUAUGUAAACCAAACUUUAUGCCUACCAACACUUGCGAGUCACUGUGCACAGUCAAACGAAAGUUGCAAAUUCAGAUUAAAAGGUUUGGUAAUAAUUAUAGUAUUUUAUUGUAUGGACGCGGACGCGAUGUACGGAUGCGCCCGCAUUUAGUGUGUAUGAAGACAACGCAGAAACAAGCACUGUGGUGACUAGAAAAUACAUUUAUAUUCAUAGGUGUUGUUUUAUAAUAAUAAUAACAAAAUAUUUAAUUUCAUUACAAAACUUGUUUUAUUUUCCGCCCUGAAAACUUUUCAAAGUAGUUGCUAUUUAAACAGAAGUGGCAAGCGACGGAAAUAUAAUAUUGGUCCGUUCAUACAGCAUUAUUAUAAUGAAGUAUUCCAAAAGUUGCUAAUAAACGUUACUGCAAACAAGACGUGUUUUUAUGCAAAGGAUAGCUAUUAGAAUCUGGCCUACUAGACUGGAAAAGCGCGGCUAAUUCAAAACAAUAUGUUAAUCAGUAUGGCAGCCCCAAUAAAUAGACCUGGAAUAACCUAUUUUGACAGAACAGAAAUUCAAAUAAAGGAAUUGUAAAGUAUCAAAAUAAGUCAGGUCUGUUAAUUUUGAACAUACCGCGCUUUUCCAGUCUCUGUUUUCGUUUGGCUGACUAGCUACCAAGUUUAAGAACACGCCUGUAACGUCUUUAGCAGUGACGCAUUCGUACUUUAUGCGUUAGCAUAAAGGCGUUAAUCGUUUCGCUAAUUUAACAAUAAUAUAAAUUCAAAGACUUGGCAUGGCGGUGACGCCAUUCGCACCCACGUCGAUAUUUCAAACUUCAUACGGCAAAUGGUACUGAUUCUGAUCGCAACUAAAUUUUAAAGUAUUCUCGUCUUUUUCUUACCAAUUUUAUAAGAAAAAGACAGACAAACUUAAUUUAAUAUAAAACUGUCAAAUCUCAUGACUAGAUGUCAGUCGUGAGCCUAAGUAUUGUUUAGUAGCACUAAAAUUUAUGGUAUUUAAUUUAUAAUUCAUCUUCCGUCCUACUGUAGCAAUAUUAAAAAGAAAAAGAUGCAGAUACUUUAAAUUUAGUCUAGAGAAAAACAUCAGAAUCGGCGCCGAAUCGAAUAAUGAAGCGGACAUAUCUGCGCCUCGACACUUCUGUAUAAAGCGCGCCUUAGAUAACCUUAUUGGCUAAAUUAAUCGUAAUAUUAUUUGGCUAGUGUUGAGGUCUUUUGAGUAUGAUAUAAUUUGUUAGUAUUGGAGAUUCCAGAUAUGUUAAGACACAAACCAUUUUUCAUCAAAAUAUUAAAUACACAAUGGUAUAUUUUGGUAGUGCAAAAACCUCUAAACUGCAUUGAAUUAAAAAACUUCUAAACUUCAUUGAAAAGACGAUGAUAACCGAAAAAUAGUGGUUUCAUCUUAUACUAUACUCUAUCCACGGAAAAAAGUAAAAAUCUCUCUCUGUUACAUAAUAAUCCCAUAUAAAUGACAGAAACGAAAAUCUCAGAGGGCUUUGUUAAGCAUAUUGACUCACCAACCAAUCACAAACAUGUUUUCAAAAAACAUUCGAUUCGUAAACAAAGUUAUGUUUGCGAUUGGUUGGUGGAUCAAAAUUGUUAACACCCACUGAGAUUUUCGUCCCUGUCAUUUGAAUACACGUAACAGAGAGAUCCUCACACUAACUUCUUGUGGAUGGAGGUUUAGUUUGGUGAUUUUUGUACAACCAAAUUGGCACUAACGUAAAAUUAAUGUUUACCGAGCAGAAUGUUAGAAGUUCCCUAACUACAUUAAUUAGCAUAAAAACAAUUUUCCAAUCACAUUUAUAAUCAUAAAAGCAUCGGAACUUUAAUAUAUU